AUGCCGUCACUGCACCCCAUUCUCAAGAAAUCGUAUUGGGUGCUUGCCGGCGUUGGAGGUAUAUGGGCGGCGUUUAUGGUCUUGUUAAUGAAUCCUUGGUUCCAGAGACAUGCCCUAUAUAUGCACAAAAUCAAUUCCGGCUUCUGGUAUAAUGUCUCGAAUCCUGAGAGUUUUGGAUUUGCAAAGGGCCAGGUAACUCCUUUCAAUCUCCGCACGCCGGACGGAGAGACAUUGUAUUGCUGGCACGUGCUUCCUAUAGAUGUGUAUCUGGAUCAUGAGAAUGAGAUCGUACAGAAGGCGGCGGGGUUAGUGGAUGAUCUGACGACGACGGUAGGGUACAGAUUGAUGAAGAAGGAUCAUAAGAGUCGGAUUGUUGUGAAUUUUCAUGGGAACGCUGGUCACAUCGCCGAAGGCUACAGAACCCACACCUACCGCUCUCUAACCUCCAUCCCGCAUACCCACAUCCUAACCUGCGACUACCGGGGUUUCGGGUACUCCACAGUUAAUAAUCCCCCCCAUCUCCCCACAGAACCAGGUCUCAUAACCGACGGAAUCACCCUAAUCCACCACCUCCUGACCACCCUCCAACACCCCUCUUCCCGAACCGUCCUCCUCGGCCAAUCCCUCGGCACCGCCGUAACCGCCGCAUCCGCUCUCUUUUUCACUAGCCCCUCAAGCCCCUCGCUUCCCCCCACUAUCAUUCCCCCCAAACCCUCUCUCCCCCCACAAUCCUUCGCCGGAAUCAUUCUCAUCUCACCAUUCCCCUCUCUCACAACGCUCCUCCAAUCCUACAAAGUUCGGGGUAUAAUCCCCAUCCUCUCUCCGCUACGGCCGUACCCUCGCAUAGCCAACCUCGUAUCCUCCCGAAUCCUCGACCACUGGCCCACACUCCCACGUCUACAAGCCUUACUCACCGCAUCCCCGGCCUCCAAAACUUCCGUUAAAAUAUCCAUCCUCCACGCACGCAACGACCAAGACAUCUCCUUUAAACUCGGAGAAGCUGUCUUC